AUGAACAUGCCUAACUCUGGCACUGCUACAGACCCAAUACUUGUUGAAGAUGGCUCUCACCCCGAAGCAAACUCCGUGACAUUACCAACGUCUCUUCCUUCCAAACCAGCAACGUCCAAACCUGACAGGCGACCUCGCAAACCGAAGCCGCCUCCGGAGCCCAUCCGACUGAAUGACCUUCAUGCACCCUGGCUGGAAACUAUACCCUCCUCAUCUAGGACAAGUGCUGAACGCAUGCUACACGAGGAGAUAGCGGCAUAUCAAGCUUAUAUGGCACCCACACCCGCGGAACGAACUCUUCGUGAGACUGUCACACAUAGGCUAGUUGCGUCAAUCAAGGGGAGACUCAGAGAUGCCCGUGUCUACACGUACGGAAGCUCCGCGACAGGAUUGUCGUUGCCUAAAGGGGAUAUAGACAUGGUGCUGCAGUCGGGCUCGUCCAAUGACGAGCAAGGCAAUAAGAGUAAACUAUUCCAGCUUCGAAACACCCUCACUCGCGAUGGUGUCGCCGCGCAAGCCUUCGUCGUCACGCGCGCCAGACAUAUGGUCAUGAAUGUGGAAUGUCCUGCUCAUCUCGGCUCAUACAAGGCCGACAUAUCCAUCAACUCGAUGGACGGUGUCGACGCUGUGGCUCUCAUUAAUGACCACGCCGUUCAGUGGCCAGCGAUACGCCCGCUCGUUAUGUUCUUGAAAGGUUUGCUUGCUCUGCACAAACUUGGAUCUGCGGCUUCUUCUGGACUGAGCAGUUACGCGACCAUCAGCAUGGUCAUAAGCUUUCUCCAGGUGAACCCUUAUGGACUACCACAGGCUUCCAUCAAGGAUCCUAUCAAAACCCACUCUCUGGGUACUCUCCUUCUGCAACUCUUGCAGUACUACACUAGCGACUUCCCAUACGAAACCUCCUACAUCUCAGUGCGCGAAGGCGCAGUACUUUCGAAAGAAACCAAGGCGUUCAAUCCGCCUCGUCAACAAUCUGACGCCUUGGUCAUUGAAUGCAUGGUCAACCCAGAUAUCGACAUCGCCCGUGCGGCCGGCAGGAUGAAGCAGGUUCGCGAGCUAUUUGCGGAGACAAGGAGAACCUUUCAAGAGGGUCUAGUUGCCGUGCAGACGGCUAUCGACGCUGGUGUUUUGUCUGGCAGUGUGCUCAAGAAAGUUCUUGGCGUGUCUCAAGAGUUAUUAGACUACCGCAUGCGUGUUACACAGCUAGUUGCUUCACGCCAGCACCUCCGUGACGACACGCUACCUCAAUCCCGCCGUGACUCCUAUCAGCCCUAUUCUGGCGGCUCAGGCCCUCGAGGAGGCCCUCAAGGCGGGUCGCUGCUCAAUCGCAUCGGGGGCUACUCUCACACUGGCUCUUCCUACCGUUCGCGCGAUGACCGUGACGAUAAACGAUCAUACUCUUAUCAGAGUGCCAGGCCGUAUGGCUCCGAAUCGUUAAACCAAGGUCGUUAUUCAAGUGGUUAUUCAGGUGGAUAUUCCGGUUACGGUCGUCGUUAA